AAUAAGACUGACCUUUUACGCCCCUACCAAGUGUCUAACACUGGUAGCCGCGCAUUUUCGCCCAGAGAUACAUCCGCCCAGGGCAGGGCUUUUUCCACACCACUUCCCUCAUACACUUCCUCCGCGUCUAUACCGCCUAAGCCGCUUCCUUCCUUCAAAAGGAACAGCGCUGCACCGACCGGCAAAGCACCUCAAGUACACAACGGUAUCGUUCCGCCCAACGGACGCUACCACCCGUACCAACGAGAUCCGCGUCGCACGCAUCGCCUAACCCAGGGGAACCUCGUCCAAGCGAAGCCUCCACAAGCCAGCUCACAAGGCAUCACAGCUGAGCGUCGCCAACAAGCACGCAAGGUCAGCCUCUGGCUAGAAGGAAUCCCAAAAGACGCACUCACCCCGCUCAUCCCUAUUCCCCCCGCACAUCCCUUCGAUAUAUUCCCCGCUAUCAACGUCCUCGAAUUCGCGCUCUCAAAGAACUAUCAUCCUCGCGGGAUCCACGAGAAUCCCAAAGGAACUCUUCCCGAGAACAUCGCGCCAACCGUAUAUGCUACCAUUCAGCGAUACAAGGUUUUGCAGCAGCCACACAUUGCUGCCAAGUUCACAGAGGAGCAGUUGAAGUGUCGAGAUAGAAUUCUUCGACAUCUGUCGGUGAUAAACGAUCGCAUCGGGGCAGGACACGACUUCACAUUCGUCGAUAGACGCAUCGCUAUCAAGCUUUGCGUAGGACUAGGAAAGAUUUCCUUCAAGGGAAUCAAUAAGGAACAGGAGCGUGUAGGCAAGGAGAUAUUUAUGCCUCGAUAUCAAAUCGCCUUCAUAUAUCAAAACUACAUCGUGGACUUUUAUCGCCCGGCGCAGGGACAACUCACAGUCAUCUGCACCGCAUACUUCAUCUAUCAACCUCUCGUCACCAAUUGGCAACAAGUGCUUUACCACUACACGGUACAAGUACACGGUUACACCACCUACUCGGCACCAUUCCGGCUCAUCCCUGAUUUUGAAGAAGAGCAAGAAUACUGGCACGACCGAGCAGAAGCUCUACGAGAGGAGUUAGAAGAAGAAGGACUCAUCGAGGAGAACCCCGAACCCUUCUAA